GAACCAGGCACUCAGCAGUGGAUGUAUGCUCUCAUUCAUCCCCAAAGUGACACUCUCCUAACGGCAGCGCACACUGAGAGGUUUUUGUGAUGCAUUUAAGAAGACAAUCAGCGGGAGGAGCAUGGCCAGGAGGACCUUAUGAGAGGAUCACGCUUGCGGCUUGAUGAGACGCACUGGGGAGGUGUUUCUCCUCCGCAGACAUGAUUUGACCACUUUCACCUGCUGCCCCUUCCUGGACACAGCCGUUCGUGGAGAUUAAUAUGGGUCACAGAGGUGCCACUUAACGUUUUCUUUUCAUGAUGCCACUGCAGCACAUUUUCACUGGAAUUUACGCAUCUCUGCACUGAAGACAGCACUGACAACUUGUUUGUUUUUUGGUGGACUUACACUGCACUGCCUUUCCAACAACUUUUAAAGACGUAAAAAACAUUCUUUGGUUGUCCUAAAUGGAGCUGAGAACAUACCUGCUGUGCCUGGAGUGCAUCCUCCUUCUUAAAGGCUUGUGUCAGUGCUUCAACAUUGACGUGAAGCAUCCACGCAUCUUCGGUGGCUCGGAUGACGCCCUCUUUGGCUUCUCUGUGUUGCAGCAUGAAACAGAGGGAGAGAAAUCAAUGCUGGUUGGUGCUCCUUGGGACGGGCCACCCAAUAACAGGAAAGGUGAUGUGUACAGGUGCACGAUGGGCGAGGAGAGCAACUCAAACUGCAGCAAAAUGAAUUUAGGUGAGACCGCCUUCCAGAACAUAUCCAAAAACCUGAAGAACUCUCACCUGGGAAUGACCCUCACUCCAGACUCACCUGAUGGCCUCUUGGCCUGCGCCCCACUGUGGUCUCAAGAGUGCGGCACGUCCAUGUUCAGCACUGGCAUCUGUGCAUCUGUCAGUGAUGACCUUGAGCCAAGAGAGAUCAUAGCUCCUACAGCACAGCGUUGCACAACAUACAUGGAUAUUGUGAUCGUGCUGGAUGGAUCCAACAGCAUCUACCCAUGGUUUGAGGUUCAGAACUUCCUCAGCAACAUCCUAAGCAAGUUCCACAUCAGCCCAGACCAAAUGCAGGUGGGGAUCCUGCAGUAUGGCGAGGUGGCGGUCCACGAGUGGUCCCUGAAAGACUACCAGACCACACAGGAGGUGGUGGAGGCUGCCAAGAACAUCAGCCGCCAGGAGGGGCGAGAGACGCGCACCGCAUACGCCAUCAACAUGGCCUGCACAGAGGCAUUCAGCGCCGAGCGAGGAGCGAGGGAGGGAGCCACCAAGGUGAUGAUCGUGGUGACGGACGGAGAGUCGCAUGACGGCGAGGAGCUGCCCGACGCUCUGCUGGAGUGCGAGAGCAGAAACAUCACCAGAUAUGCCAUCGCUGUUCUGGGCCAUUACAUCCGCAGGCAGCAGGACCCUGAGACCUUCAUCAGUGAGAUCAAGUACAUCGCCAGUGACCCUGACGACAAAUACUUUUUCAACGUGACGGAUGAGGCUGCACUCAACGACAUUGUGGACGCUCUGGGAGACCGCAUAUUCUCUCUUGAAGGCACCAUGGGCUACAACCAGAGCUCCUUCCACAUGGAGAUGGCCCAGAUUGGCUUCUCCACACACAUGCUGGAUGACGGAAUAUUGUUCGGGAUCGUGGGCGCUUACGACUGGGAUGGUGGCGUGCUGAAGGAGGGGAUCAACGGGAGAAUCAUGCCGGCCAGAGAAGCUUUCGAGAGCGAGUUCCCGCUGGAGCUCAAAAAUCACGCUGCUUAUCUCGGUUACACGGUGUCAUCGGUGCUCGUCGGUGAUUGGCGGAGGCUGUAUGUCGCUGGCGCACCUCGCUUCAAACACAAAGGCAAAGUCAUCCUGUUUGAACUCAGCGAUGACGGCGCCGUCAACAUAGUGCAGGCCCUCAAUGGAGAACAGAUCGGCUCCUAUUAUGGCAGUGAGCUGUGUGGACUGGAUAUAGACCAGGAUGGCAUCACUGACGUCCUCUUGGUUGCAGCCCCCAUGUACCUGGGCUCAGGGAACAAGGAGGCUGGUCGAGUCUACAUUUACACCCUCAGCGGGGAGGAGGUGUUUGUCUCCAAUGGUACCCUCAAAUCAGAUGAAAAGUCCCAAGAUGCCAGGUUUGGUUACGCAAUGGCCGCCGCUCCGGAUCUCAACCAUGAUGGAUUCACUGACCUGCUGGUGGGUGCCCCUUUGGAGGACGAGCACCGAGGGGCCAUUUACGUGUAUCACGGUCAAAGCAUUUACAUCAUCCACAAUUACAAGCAGCGUAUUCCGGGGAUGUCAGUUUCCCCGUCCCUGCAGUAUUUUGGCCGCAGUGUGAGUGCAAGGUUGGACUUGGACGGAGAUGGGCUGAUUGACUUGGCAGUUGGAGCCCAUGGUAGUGCUGUGCUGCUCAGAUCCCGAAGCAUCGUCCAGAUCAACGUGACUCUGUCCUUCCAGCCACAUUCCAUCAACGUCAUCCAAAAGACGUGCCAGCGUGGAGGCAGAGAGUCGGCCUGCCUCGACGCCACAGCCUGUUUCACGGCGGUGUCACGCUCCCCUGGACCACGCAGCAACGGCUUUGAUCUCUGGGUGUCGGCCAUGUUGGAUGACAGGAAGUUGUCAGCUCGGGCACUGUUUGACGACAGCUCCCACCGGCAGACACAGCUGGCAGUACGAGCUCACACGGGACAGACUCUUUGCUACAAGCUUCCCUUCCACGUCUACGACACAGCGGACUACAUCCGCCCGAUUAGCUUCUCCCUGCGCUUCAAGAUCAACAACACCGAGAGCGGCCCUGUGUUGGACGAAGGCUGGCCGACCUCCAUCAAGAAAUAUAUCCCGUUCUUUAAAGACUGCGGGGAGGACGACGUGUGCACCACGGAUUUGGUGCUGCAGGCGCAAAUGGACAUCUCUGGGACGAGACAGAGGCCGUAUGUAAUCCGCAGUCCUCGUAGGCGUGUGUCAGUGGAGGUCCAACUGCAGAACCGACUGGAAAACGCCUACAACACCAGCCUGACGCUGCACUACUCACGCAACCUGCACUUCUCUAGCCUCAGUAUUCGGGAGGAUGCCAACUUUAAGAUUGAGUGUACGGCCGUCGGCUCCAACAGCCACUCCUGUAACGUCAGCUACCCGGUGUUCCGCUCUCAGUCCAAGGUGAACUUCAUGCUGGAGUUUGAGUUCAGCUGUGCCACCCUGCACAGUCGCGUCCAAAUGAAGCUCCACGCAGCCAGUGACAGUGUGGAGAGACAAGACACUUUGGGGGACAACAGUGUUCAGCUGCAGAGUUUUGUCCAAUACGAGCCUGAUCUGUUUGUCAGCAGCGACUCCAACUUAAACCGAUACGAGGUGCAUCCCACGAGGACGAUGUCAGAAGCCAUUGGACCAGAGUUCUACACGCACUUCAAGAUCCAGAACCUGGGCUGCUACCCCGUGAGUAAUCUGGAGCUCAGGCUGCUUCUGCCGUCCGUGGCGGCAGGAGACUGGGUCUUUAUGACGGUCACCGACGUGUCCUCGCACAACGCGACGGGCGUGAACUGCAGCGUGACGAGCGAUCUGGCUGGGCUGAAGGGUCGCCAGAGAGACGUGCGCCCCCUCCACCCUGAAGACAUGAUGCAGAACGACGUCCUGAAUUGCAGCAGGUCAUGGUGCAUAGAGGUGACCUGUCAAGUCCAGCAGCUCCUGAAAGGACAGACUGCGGUUAUUCGCCUUAGCCGAAGAGUGCAUGAUGACUUUUUCAGAAAGGCCAAGUAUAAGUCGGCAAGGAUAAUCAGCAUGUAUCAGAUUGCACCUCAAGAGACCAACCUCAUCACUCUGGGAACAGAAACAGCCUGGCGAGAGACUGUACUGGAGGUGCUCAAGGGAAGAGCCAUUCCCAUCUCACUGUGGAUUCUGAUUGGUAGCAUCAUUGGUGGUCUGCUGCUACUGGCGCUCAUCAUCUUCAUACUAUGGAAGCUCGGCUUCUUUGCACGCAAACACAGAGAUGAGAACCACGAGGACUGAGGUGGACAUGAGGUGGACUGCAGGCUGACGUCCAAAGAGUCCAGAUACAAUCAGGGGUUCCCCCAAAGGAGCAUCUCAGCGGUCCAACAGGAAAGCACUACCCACUACUUCCAGGAUUGGGAGCACUUAUGUAAAUAGUCUUUUUUUUUUGCUUUUUAAAAAUUUGGUAUUGUAUUAAACCACAUGUGUUCUAUUUAAUAAACAGACAUGGUCAUGGUUUCACAUUUCAAACAAUCACCACUUGUCAGAAAGGAAAUAAAUGAAAACUGGUACCAAACGCGAUUUGUGGUUAGUUACACGGAAACUACACCAAUUUCCAUGAAAACUUCAUGAAAUGAAAUAUAAAUAUGAAGUCAAAUAAA